AUGUGUGGCCACAAACGACAUUCCAGUCGAGCAAGAGACUCCAAGGCCCCAGAUAAAUCAUACUACAACGACGACUAUCCCGAGAACUACGACAGUGGCUUUGCCGGGACGUCGAGACAACCACCAAAUCAACAAUAUCAAUGUGAACAUCAAUAUCAACAACCACAGCAACCACGACAACAACUACAACAACAACAACAACCGUACAGAUCAUAUACACCCAGUUACAACGACUCCAAACGUCCAAUGACGCUCUCGACCGAACAACAACAAGCGCCACCGCCAACGUAUACCGAAGCCAUUGACGAGUCCGUCCAGUCUAGUCGGAAGACGGGAGAAAAGAGCAAUGCUUAUCCUUCUCCUUCUCGCUAUCCCGCCAUCGACGAACCCGCCCCGUCGAGCCAAUGGACGGGUGACAAGAGCAAUGGCUAUCCCGCUCCAUCUCCCUCUGGCUAUCUCUCUGGCAAUAGCUACUACCCCCAACCCCUUCCCUCCCCAGUAUCACCACGGUCACCACGGUCACCACUGUCCCCAGCCCUGUCCGCCGGCCCCUCUCGCUCGCGCUCGUCGUCGCAGUCCCGACUCGGCAAACCCAUCGCCAUCCCCGCGACGCUGGCACGGUACGGCUCGCCGUUUCUGCGCGCGUACCCGCCCAGCCUGGCGCAGUACCACAUCUCCCCGACGCUCUUCCUGUCGUUCCUGGACACGUUGAACCGCGUGGCGGUCAAGUCGCCGCCGCUGCAGGUGCUCAGCCUGGCGGGCAACAUCGUCGGCCAGGUGCCCUCGGCCACGGCCCAGAUCGUCGGCGGCGUGGUCAACCUGACGGCCGAGGUGUCGGCGGGCGUCAUCCAGCACGGCCGCACCGAGAUCGAGCUGCGGCGCGCCAACGCCGACAUCUUCAACCCGCGCGGCCUGAAGGUCGAGAUCGCCAAGACCGAGGCCCUCGCCCGCCUGGUCGGCAUGGACGGCGUCUUGGACGCGGACGGCAAGCUGAACAAGAAGGCGGCGCUGCUGCUGCCGUUGGACGGGGUGGGGGACGCUGACGGCCAGGGUGGUGACGACGAGCUGAGCGGGCAGCAGCGUCGGCUGGACGCCAUGCGGCCGUGGAUCGCCGAGCUGGACAUCACGCCGCAGCAGGUGCCGGACAUCGACGUGCCCACCAACGCGAUGAGCCGGCUGCACGUCAAGAUGAACGAGCGCGACCGGCGCAGCGGCGAGAAGAAGCUGGUCGAGAAGCGCAACAAGGUGCAGGCCGAGUACGCCAAGGAGGCCGCGAAGGCCCAGCGCGGCUUCGACCGCGAGAUGGCCAAGAUCAACCGCGACCUCGACAAGAACCUGCGCGACGUCGACGACAAGCUGGCCGAGGCCACCCGCAAGAACAAGUCGCGCGACGUGGCCAAGCUGGAGCGCGAGAGGCAGAAGGUCCUCGACAAGUAUGACCGGGAACGACGCAAGGAGGAGGGGGAACUACAAAAAGAGAUGAGGGGCGCUGAAAGGGAGAGGAUGAAGGACGACAAGGAGGAGAAGAACAUGCGCAAGCUCAACUGGUUGGUGAUCCGGGAGUUGAAUGCUUGGAGUGGUGACAACCCCAAUGCAUAUCUUCCGACACCCUAG